AUGUCCCAAGACAUGUUUAAUCAAGGGUUUGGUGCCCUCGCACCACCGCAUCCUCGCAGAUUGCCCUUUGAUCACAACAACACCGACUCUUCAUUAUCCCUCCCUCCGCCACCCCCUGCCAGAGGCCACCAACGAUCCAGAACCACCACCGACCUUCCGCCGCUUGUCACCCGCACCCAGUCUUCCUCCCCUACGAGAGCCUCUGCAUUCUCCUUUCUGCGUCCUCAGAGUACGCGCUCUCUGUCACCGGAGCGACUCAGGCCUGCCGAUACGGGUGACGAUUUUGGUUCAAUAGAGUCGCCGACAAAGAAAAGACCGGUCAAACUGGCGAACUGGUUCGAGGGGUCUUCGGAACCUGUUAAUAUAACUCUGGUGCCGUCGCCGCGCAAGGAAAAGUUGGAUCCUCUGCUCGAGGCGUUUGCGCCUGAAGAAGCUUCCUCCACCAGUCCAGAACUCGAGGAUUCUACGCUGACACGUCGGACCCCAAAGAAACCCAGUUUAUCAGGCCCGGCCGUCUCAUCAAUGUCGAGGUUCAACUUCUUCAGGAGGGCUACGACAACACAGAGUGCUCCCGAUGAUCCAGAUGAAUUGGCGCAGCUUGACAUCGACAAUGCUCUGUUCCCGCACGGACACCCGGGUGAAUUCUCCCCCGCUGCCUUCAAAAACCUCCAACUCAAUGCCGAAGGGACAAUACGGCGCUUGCAACAAGCCUACCGAGAACAGCGACAGUCUCUGAGAUCGGUCACCUCGACCAAGAAUGUCCAAGCAGACGAACUCGAGGCAGCUCAGACGAGGAAUGAGCAUCUAAAACUGCAGUUACAUGAGAUGGCAGAACGUGCUGCCGAGCAGGAGAAUCUGAUUGCGGAUCUGAGGGCACAGCUAUCGGCACAACUCUCUCUCGAGUCUCAACAUCAGAGUGUCCGGAUAGUGCCGCAGAACACUGACUCCAAACCUCGUCCGAAGUACCGCCGCUAUCGCUCGUCCGACGUUUCUACGUCUGGGGAAUCAGAGGCCGGGUCUGAAGUGAGCUCAGUGGUCAGUGUCUUCUCGGAAGCGUUGUCAACGGCUACUUCUCAGGCCACGUCUGUCGCGAGUCCGGUCUUGAAGUCUGCGAGCUUGGCCAGAGAUGAUUGUUCACGGUGUCAUGGAUUACGACAUUCGGAUGCAUGGGAUGUUGUGGGUAUGAUGAAGAUAGAGUCGGCGGCUCUGAAACACCGCAUCGCCGAACUGGAGAGUGCACAGGACGACGCACUGGACUUUCUCAGUGGACUGAAGUUGUCCUCGUGA